AUAACUCCCCACUGCCUCUCUCUCUCUCUCUUCCUCUUGACUCCCUCCAUCCUCCUCCUCAUCUUCCUUCUCCAGCAUGCCGCUCUCCUCUCUCCCCUCUGCUCCUUGUUUUCAUCCCAACUCUUGAACUAUUCGUGCAUUUCAUUUUUAAUGAUACGCAUAGAGCUCAUUCAGCCCCCACACCACCCCCACCCAUCUUUCUUUCUCUCCCCCUCUUUAUCUCUAUAGUUUCUGCUCCUCUCCUCGCCACCUGUUAGUUAGUCUCCUUCUUCUCUCCGCACCGGAAUCCCCUCUUUUUUUAUGAGGAGUUUCACACAUGCACCAUCAGUGAGCCCUAUGACUGUGCGAAAAGGAAAACGUUUAGCCAUCUCCAUCCAGGAGCACAUGGCCAUCGAUGUAUGUCCGGGUCCCAUCCGCCCUAUCCGUCAAAUCUCUGCCUACUUCCCUCGCCUCUCGCCCACUUCCUCCUUCUCUGAGCCACUCUCUCCCAAUCAGGUGGCAGCUCCCGCCACCCUCAGCCCUGGCAGCGCGGGCCAAGGUGUUGGGGCCGUCAGAGGGUUAGGAGGAGAAGGAGGAGGAGGAGGGAGCAGCAGUCUGUUGUCACCACUGUUACCAGGGGCGGCGGGCGGAGGGGGCUCACUGUCAGCCAUGAGCAGCAUGGACACCUCCAUCGAGAUCGACAGCUGUGACAGUGAUGAUAACACCUCCUUGGGGACGUUAGAGUUUGACCUACUGUAUGAGAGAGCCACCAGCUCCUUACGCUGCACAGUACUGAGAGCAAAGGGUCUGAAGCCGAUGGAUUUCAAUGGUUUAGCUGAUCCUUACGUCAAGCUGCACCUGCUGCCGGGAGCCUGCAAGGCCAAUAAACUGAAAACCAAGACUGUUCGCAACACGCUGAAUCCUGUGUGGAACGAGACGCUCACCUACUGUGGAAUCACAGAGGAAGACAUGUACCGCAAAACACUCCGGGUGUCCGUGUGCGACGAAGACAAGCUGACACAUAAUGAGUUCAUCGGGGAGUCGCGGGUGGCCCUGCGCCGUGUGAAGCCUGACCAGACCAAACACUUUAACAUCUGUCUGGAGCAUCCACCUCCUCUGCCUUCACCGACUGCGAUGAGCACAGCCCUGAGAGGAAUCUCCUGCUACCUGAGAGAGUGGGAGACUGAGCAGCAGAGAAGUCUAGAGGAGAGAGGUCGUUUGCUGCUCUGCCUGCAGUACCUCCCCCCGGCCAGUGAUGGCGAUGUGAAGGGAGAGGCCAAGGAGAGAGCUCGUGGCGGGCUGUGUGUGGGAGUCAAACGCUGUGCCCACCUGGCAGCCAUGGACGUCAACGGCUACUCAGACCCCUACGUUAAAACGUACCUCAAGCCAGACGUUCAGAAGAAAUCCAAGCACAAAACAGCAGUCAUAAAAAAGACUCUCAACCCGGAGUUUAAUGAGGAGUUCUUCUAUGAAAUCACCUUCUCAGAGUUAGCCACCAAGACGCUGGAGGUCACAGUGUGGGACUACGACCUGGGAAAAUCCAAUGACUUCAUAGGGGGUGUGUCCUUAGGGUGUCACUCACAGGGAGACACUCUGCAGCACUGGAUAGACUGUCUGAAGAACAAGGGCAAGAAGGUGGAGCGCUGGCACACACUGACCAACGAGCUGCCUGGAUCCACACUGCAGGAAUGAACUGAUCCUCUUCCACUGCACUGACACUGUAGAGACUGACCUGAAGAUUCGGGAUGAGAGACGUUUCAUCGCAUGCUCUGAGGAUUUUCUGCAUGACUGUGAAGAAUUUCAUAUCCUACUUACUUUGUGUCAUAAAUGAGACCAUAAUUCAUAACAACAUACCCAAAGGGGUCACUUUCAGAGAUCAAUACUCUAAUCUUAGAUCUAAAUAGACCUGAUGCAAAUCUGGGGAACCGUCCCCACCGGAAAGCUAACCGUAUGGGAAUUUUCAUAAUCAUAUUCAUAGGGAUCCAUGUCCCUUUUGUGGAUUUAAUGUCAAUCUUAAUGCUCCUCUGCGCUGCUCCAAACUGGUCAGAUCUCAGUCAACAAGAAAAAUUUUAAUCGCGCAAGAAAAUAUAAUGAGGGAGAAAGCUGAAUUAUUCUGCAGGUCGUCUCUCGUGUCCGGUUUGCUUGCUCUUAUUACAUUCGGCCUGUUAUUUUCAUUAACUGCUGACAUUAAAACUCUACCGUUAUGACCAUGUGUCUGACAGCGCACAUACCUCUCCCUUGCAAUAAUGUUUUGCCUAAUGCUUCCGAAGAUUUCCAAGUGGUCUUAAUUCUGUCAGAUGUUUUGUAUCUAUUGAUCUGAUCGCCAUUGGAUUGCCUGCAGACAGCACAACCCAAUACGAUAAUUGGUUCUUCCAAAUCGAUGGUUUGUGUCAGUUAUCUGCAUGUUUGGUGUUGAUGGAGCAAAGAUAAAUAUGUGCCAGGCUCUGCUGCAGGAUGAAAUAUCCAUCAUGGUGUUGUUCCCAAUUCUCCUGAGGUGUGUUGCUCUGAUUAACUGAAGAGAAUUUUUAUUUAAUUCAACAGUUUUUUUUUUAUGUGGUUCACAGUUGUUUAAUGUGUCAGCUCUAAUAUCACUAUAUCCGUUUCUUGUUGGCGACACGUUCAUGAAACUAAUUUUGCUUCACAGUCCCUGAUUUGUAUGGAAGAGAGGUGUAAUUAACAGAAACGUUUCAGAGCAGAUUGUUUUGCGGAGAGCUGUGCAUGGUCAUACUCUGACACACAGUAAAUAAAAUCAUCAGCCUUUGUUGAAUAUCUAAAUUACACAUAUGAAUGGUGUAAAGAGCACAGUGUUGUCUGAUAACUCUCCAUGGCUUCUAUGGACUGCAUUAACCAAGCUGCAGGUUUUAUCUUGGUUUCAUGUGGUUAAGGAGGCAUGCUGAAAAUACCAGUGGUGUUUAUAUAUAAAUAUAUAUUGUGUUUCACUUGCUUUGGAUGUUUGUCUUUUGGAACUUGAAGUGUGCAUGAUUGUUUCUUUUUUUCAUAAAACAUUCAUAUUGAU